UACCUUACUAGAACUUAAUAACCCGGAAAAACCCCGCGCGCAGCAAAGCCCAAUACAACCUCAACAUAGCUUGUCAAGGUCACCCAAAAAUGCAUCAAGCCCAUCAGACUUUUUGUCAUUCACACAGAUACCGUGUUUGUCAUUGUCGUGAGGACCACACCAGUGAUGGAGGCGAGUCUUACGGUUAAGCUGCUCCAAGUCAACAGAAACUGGGCGCCAAAGCAUAGUAUAAAUACAUGAUCAUGACGGAUACUAAACCCCAAACUCGUUAACUCAUCCAAGUUCAGCAUGUAUUACAUCGCUGGUCUCACUCUUCCAUCAUUCGCCCAGACCGUAGAAGGACUCGCCGUUUUCACCACCUUCAGGUCCUUACAAUAUGUCCUAUCUAGCACCCUUGCAAUCGCCCCAGUCGCUAAAGCCGAAGCAGGUGACAUUCGCUCCACCCCAACCUCUUUCGUCGGCAAGAUCGUAAGCCCAAUACACGGCCUCUCGUACUUCAUUCCACCCGCGACAUACAUCCUAUGCGUCACCUUCAACCGCUUCGUCCAGCCUGCAUGGAUGCAGCGCAUGAACCUUCCUACUAACUAUUUCCAACCAGAGACAGAGAUCGCUUUGAGAAUUGCAGCGUGCGCAUCGACUUUUAUGCUCCUCAGGUUCAUGGGACGCAUAUUCACGCACCUCGGGAAUCAGUGGCAUGCGAUCGGGAGACGCGAGAAGCCCAAAGUCGUGCAGACAGGUCCAUACGCGGUGGUGCGUCAUCCUGCGUACACGAGCGUGCUCAUCCAGAACGUGCUUUUUGCAGUGAUGUUUUGGUCUUAUGCGCCGCUUGUAGGACUUGGUAUAAUUGCUGGCGCUUUUGCUGUCAAGAUGCCUAUCGAGGAGGAUCUUAUCAUGAAGGACUCUGCUGUUGCCGAAGAAUAUCGCACAUACAAGCAGAGAGUGCCUGCGCGCGUUAUUCCAUACCUCUGGUGAUAUCAUGAUGUCCCGCACUCGUCAUGAUUGUGAAGGGGAAUCCUUUUUAUAGUUAGAUGUUCGUUGUAUAACUUGUAUUGUAUGAUACUUAUAGCCUUGCCCAUAAAAUUUAGAGUCUCAGGAU